AAAACGAGACCCAGCCAGGCAGAAAAGCUACCCAACAGUGUCCAACCAAAACUCCACCAACGACCUCAACAGGAACUGACGUUCCCUCUGUGCAAGUGGAUGGAAAAAUGCAGCUGCAGGAAAAAUGGCUCCAAACGCCGCACCGCUAAAAGGUGUUUAAAACCUUGUUCCUCAACCCUUUGGGCCACGCUGACUUAAAAGCCGUCAUAUUCAUGGCACCUUCCACUUGACAAAAUGGCCCAGAUAUCAAGUGGUAAUGGGUUCAAGCCGGAUGUCCCCCAGCCAAAGGGGGUUGUGGGUAAAGAGGAAGCCCUUCGUAUGGAAGAAGAGGCUUUAGCAAAAUUGCAAAGGGAGAAGAAACACACUCUUUCAGCUACAGCCUCCUCAUCUUCCUCUGGAGCAGUAUCCUCGUCUUCCUCUAAGCCAAAACCAUCUAAAUCUACCACUACUGUUCCUCAGCCUUCAACUUAUACUAAUAGACCAGACAAGGACCUCAUUGUUUUCCCAGAGACCAAGAAACCGGCAGAACAGGAUACGUUCAGGGAUAUUGAUGUUGAAAAACUGACCAAUGAGGAACUCGAAAAGCUCCUACUUGAUGAAAACUUUGGAGCUAACAGCUCCAAAGUGUCCCGCCCCUCGUCACUUCUGGGGUUUAACCUCAGUGCCUCCUAUCCCGGAGGCCAUGCUUGUAGCUCAUCUCCUUUCCAGAGCAGCCAGUGGACACCUGCUCUGUCCAAUCCAUCUAGCUCUGGUGUGUCCACUCCCACCCUUCAGCCCACACCAAUGUUCCCAUCAGCUCCAUUUCCCAAACCAGGAACAUUUCAAAAUGGAUUCACUCCAGCCAUGACGCCUUUCAUGGCCUUGCCAACCAUGGCUUUCACUCCUAUCCAGCCUGCUGCUGCCAUGGUCUUCCCACAGCCAACUGUAGACCCAGAGAUGGCUAAGUUGUUUGACAAGAUUGCUAGCACCUCAGAAUACUUGAAGAAUGGUAGAUUGGCCAGCACUGAUGUAAAUUCCUCUCAAGCAGGUAUAGCCUCUUUGGCACCAAACCCACCACCACAACAGCCAGCAAUUAUGGAAUCUUCUUCUAUCAGCCGUUUUGAAUGGCUGGAUCUGGACCCACUUACAAAGCGAAAGUCUGAGAAUGAGGAAGCACCUCUGGAAUCUGUAGAUAGUUCACAGACUGUGUCAGGAGCUGCUGCGGGUGAUCCUUGGGAUGCAGUGCUUGAGACUGAAGGGAACAGUAGUAGUAGCAGCAGCCCCAAACUGGAAGGCAGAGUUUCUCACACAGGUCGGUCACAACAUAGGCGGGCAUCAACAGGAGCGCCUGUCGCUAGGAGUCACUCACUCAACAUCCCCGAGACCUCGUCACAGCACAAAACAAUCAAUCAGGAGAAGGGAAAAGGAAACGCUCUGGUAAAGAAUGACGCCCUGGAAGAACAGGAUGCACAGAACCUGGAGAUCGUUGCCUUCUGUGAAGACAUAGCAUCCCUCCGUUCCAAAUUCCCUCAUGAUGACAUUGCAACCAACCCUGGCUUCAUCCUUAGCCCUGUCAUUACCCAGAGAAAUGGUGGUGGUGAUAAUAGCUGUUCUGUCAAGGUUUCUAUCGAAAUCUCUGAUUCUCAGCAGCCUGUAACCUUCACCUGUGAUGUGAGUUCUCCAGUGGAGCUGUUGAUCAGUCAGACUCUGUGCUGGGUCCAUGAUGACUUGGACAAGGUAGACUUCUCCAGCUACUUGCUCAAAGUCUGUGGCCGGGAGGAGGUGCUACAAAAUAAACACAGCCUGGGCAGCCAUGAGUACGUUCAGAACUGCAGGAAGUGGGAGAAUGAGAUCAGAUUACAACUGCUCUCUCACUCAACUAUGAGAAGGGACUUGGCACGCACUGCAGAAGAUGACAAGUCUACCAUAGACUUAGAGAAGUACCUGGGCCUGGUGGAGAGGCCUUUUAAGGAGAAUGUCACAAGACAAGGCCUGGCCGAUUAUUUGGAAGGCUAUCACAAUCAAGUCAACAUCUGCCUACAGAAUGAGAGUAACCAGUAUAAGACAGUGGAUCGGCUGGUGCAGACUGUAAAGAACAUGUGCUGUGCUUUAGAUGAGGUGGAGACCCAAGCCAUCACAGAGGCAGUCAAAAGACUAAAACACUCUGUCAAUUUACCCAGGACACGCUCACCCAUGAUGGGAUCGACGUCAUCUUGCCAGUCAUCAAAUGGUCUCACCAGUCCUGUGGAGGAAAGCAUGGCGUUGCUAACACAGGCCAUCUAUGACCUGGCCAAGCUCUACCUGCGCUCCUUCUCCCCUCCAUCCUCCUCCUUCCGCUCCCCUCCAUUGCCCCAGGUUACCGAUGGAGACGCUGUGGAAGCGAGGAGAAGCAAAGAAGCUUCUGGCACCACAGACCACCUUCAGUUCACGCUGUUCGCCUUGCACGGCAUACCAGCCAACUGGGUCAGCAGUUAUGAGAAGUACUUCCUGGUGUGUUCCCUCACCCACAAUGGCAAGAACUUGUUUAAACCAGUCCAGUCCAAGAGAGUGGGCACGUAUAAGAGCUUCUUCUACCACAUCAAAUGGGAUGAACUGAUCAAUUUCCCCAUAGCAGUAGCUGUGCUCCCACUGGAGUCCAUACUGAGCCUGGCUCUGUUUGGGGUGCUGAAUCAGAAUGCCAGUGGCUCCCCAGACUCAAACAAGCAAAGGAAAGCCCCAGAGCUGCUGGGAAAGGUCUCAAUGCCACUCUUUGAUUUCAGACGAGUGCUUGCGAGGGGCACCCGACUGUUAUGUCUGUGGACGUCUGCCCAGGGAGCGGCCGCUGCUGCCGGCUCUACAGGCAGCCGCAAAAGGGUACCAACAGAAAGAAUCGUACUGCAGGUGAACUUCCCCAACUCGCCAGUGGAUGUUUUAUAUGUUGGACCCAAAGAAGCCCCCAGCCCCGAGCCCCACACACUGGAGGAGCUGGACCCUGACCUCCGACGUAAACUGGAGAAAAUCUGCAGCCGAGCUUCCAAUUUUGGGCUGAAGCGAGCAGACCACCAGCUGCUGUGGGACCAUAGGCUCCACUGUCGGAGGGACCACCCCAGCAGCCUCCCUAAGGUACUGGCCAGUGCGCCCAGCUGGGACUGGGCCAGCAUGGCUCAUAUUCACUCCCUGCUGCACCACUGGCCCACCCUGCCCCCCGUAACAGCGCUGGAGCUACUUGACUCAAAGUUUGCAGAUACUGAGGUGAGAAGCGUGGCUGUUAGUUGGAUUGAGAAGAGCAGCGAUGAUCAGCUGGCUGACUACCUGCCACAGCUUGUACAGGCAAUAAAGUUUGAGUGUCACCUAAAAAAUGCCCUCGUCAUGUUCUUGUUGUCCAGAGCACAAGGCAACAUAAACAUUGCACACUACCUCUACUGGCUGCUAAAGGAUGCUGUGCAAGAUUCCACCUGGGGACAGCGCUAUGAACGGGUGCUGGGUGCCCUGCUGUGUCUGUGCGGAGCCAAGCUGAGGGCAGAGCUGGAGACACAGACUCACCUGGUCACACUGCUGGGAGCCGUUGCUGAGAGGGUCCGACAGGCUGGUGGAUCUACACGACAGGUUGCACUCCAGGAGGGCCUUGAAAACGUUCAGAACUUCUUCCAGAGGAACAGCUGCCGACUGCCCCUCAGCCCCAGUCUGGUGGCAAAGGAGCUAAACAUUAAGGCCUGUUCCUUCUUCAACUCCAACGCUGUUCCCCUCAAACUGGCAUUGGUCAACGCCGACCCCUUGGGAGAAGAGAUCAAUGUUAUGUUCAAGGUCGGAGAAGACCUGAGGCAGGACAUGCUGGCUCUGCAGAUGAUUCGCAUCAUGGACCGAAUCUGGCUGCACGAGGGUCUAGACCUCCGCAUUGUAAAUUUCAAAUGCAUCUCCACUGGCAAGGACAAAGGUAUGGUAGAGUUGGUGCCUUCUUCUGACACCCUCAGAAAGAUCCAGGUGGAGGACGGCGUGACAGGAUCUUUUAAGGACAAACCACUGGCAGAAUGGCUUCGCAAGUACAACCCUGCUGAGGAUGAGUAUGAGAAGGCUUCGGAGAACUUCAUCUACUCUUGUGCUGGAUGCUGUGUUGCAACCUACGUGCUUGGCAUCUGUGAUCGCCAUAAUGAUAAUAUCAUGCUGCGCUCCACUGGUCACAUGUUUCACAUCGACUUUGGCAAAUUCCUGGGCCAUGCCCAGAUGUUUGGUAGCUUCAAGAGAGACCGAGCUCCGUUUGUUCUGACCUCUGACAUGGCGUACGUCAUUAACGGAGGCGAGCGGCCCACCAGCCGCUUCCAGCUGUUUGUGGACCUGUGUUGCCAAGCCUACAACCUCAUCCGCAAGAACUCUGGGCUUUUCCUUAACUUGUUGUCACUGAUGAUGUCAUCAGGUCUCCCAGAGCUGACCGGCUCUCAAGAUCUAAAGUAUGUGUUUGAUGCACUGCAGCCGCACAACACAGAUGCUGAAGCCACCAUCUUCUUUACCAGGCUCAUAGAGUCCAGUCUGGGAAGUGUGGCCACCAAGUUCAACUUCUUCAUCCACAACCUUGCCCAGCUACGAUUCUCUGGUCUGCCGGCCAAUGACGAGCCAAUCCUCUCUUUCUCACCGAAGACAUACACUCUGAAACAAGAGGGACGCAUUGUCCACGCCUCCAUCUUCUCCUUUCAGAAGAGAUAUAACCCAGACAAGCACUAUAUCUAUGUGGUGAGACUCCUGAGGGAAGGUCAGAAUGAGCCACAGUUUGUCUUCCGCACUUUUGACGAGUUUCAAGAGCUCCACAAUAAACUGACUAUCCUCUUCCCUCUCUGGAAGCUGCCAAGUUUCCCGAGCAAAAUGGUGCUUGGCCGAAGCCAAAUUAAAGAAGUAGCAGCCAAGAGGAAGCUGGAGCUCAAUAACUAUGUCCACAACCUGAUGAGAAGCUCCACAGAAGUCACCCAGUGUGACCUGAUCUACACAUUCUUUCAUCCAAUUGCGCGGGAUGACAAGACAGAAGGUGUGGAUGCCAUGGCCAAAGCACCUGAGCCUCCACUGAGUCCCACUUCUGGUCGGGUGGAAGGAGAAGUGAAGCUGUCAAUCUCCUACAGGAAUAGUACUCUAUUCAUCAUGGUCAUGCACAUCAGAGACCUGGUUUCUGAAGAUGGAACAGAUCCCAACCCGUAUGUGAAGACUUACCUGCUUCCAGAUCCACACAAGACUUCCAAACGCAAGACAAAGAUCUCAAGGAAAACCAGGAACCCUACCUUCAAUGAGAUGCUGGUAUACAGUGGCUACAGCAAAGAAACUCUGGGCCUUCGGGAGCUGCAGCUGAGCGUGCUCAGUGCUGAGUCGCUGCGUGAGAACUACUUCCUGGGUGGCAUUACGCUCAGGCUCAAAGACUUUGACCUCAGCAAGGAGACGGUCAAGUGGUACAAACUAACGGCCGUUCCCUACUUCUAACCCCUGCCCACCUCCCUCUGCCGAAGCAACAGUUCUGACUCUGCCCCUUUAAGCAAAAAACAAACAAAAAACAGCGCUGCAUUCAAAUCAUAUGGGAAAUGCAGCAGAUGCUUACUUGAAAAUGGUGGUCACCUCAGCUUGCAGUUCACUUCAGCACUACUCUUUCUUUUCCUUCUUUUCUUUUAUGGAUGGAUUUCCUACCAUUCCGAUCGUUCAGUAAUAAUCAGCAAUAUUUUACUUUCAAAUCUAUUAAACCAAAUUAACAAUUUGUUCCACGUGAAUCGUGUUGUAAUUAGUAUUCUUAAGAUUUCAUAAGAAGAAUACUUAUGUUCUCAUUGCUCACAAACAUGUACCACGAGCAACAACAUUCUGCUGAAUUUUACCAUGAGGUUGCAUGUAAUUAUGUUGCCGCGGAGGUUAUUCCCAUAUGACGUGAAUGCGUGAAAAACUCCUUCAGACGUGCCCUCAAAGGGCGAUCGUUCGGGCUAAUUCACAAAUCUUCACACGGGGGAAGCCUGGUCUUCAUUCUUCACCAUUUCUUUUUUUUUUCUUCCCUCUACAGCUAAUCAAGAUUGUUUCUGUGACAAACAAUCUCCUCCUUUUGUCUCGGUUUUCCUAAAGUGUAACAAAGAGCUGUAAUGUUUUGUACAUUUUGAUUUUAGAGGACCAAAACGGCUUACUUUCAGAAGAGUAUAAAUAGGCUGACACAUUUAUUUUUUAAGUAAUAGAAAGGGGGCUCAUUUUUACAUUUUCCUUGUUUAUUUUCUAUAUAGACAAAUAGGAGGCAUCAGGGUUUCCUGCUUUGUAGCAGAUACUUCUUGGUUAGAGCAGAGCUCCAGGAAAUCAACCAUGACUUUAAUAUUCCCCAAAAAUGUGCCAAAAGUAAUAAAAAGACAGUAAAUUAAACCACACUUCCAUCAAGGUGCCUUUGUUUGUGCUCAAGCUCAACUUGGCCUUAUUACAAGAUAUAUUUUAUUAACAAUAUGAUGUCCUUAUUAAAGAAAAAUCUAUAUUCUAUAAAGCUAUUUCAGUAGUUCUUCCAGAGCAGGUCUAAGUGUGGGAGUGCAACCUUUUGUGACAGUGGAGUGCCACUAAAUGCACAAUACUAGGUCUUUCGCUCGUGGUAUUACUUGACUGUUUUCACACAGCACACUUUAAAAGGGGAAUUUGUAUAAUAAGCUUCAGAACAUGCUUUUGUACAUGCUCGGGUUGAAGAUUAUGAUUGUUUGAAGACACUGAUUGGUAGUCUAUUCGGUGCUUCCUUCAGGUGGUUCAAAACCACAAGUCAGGAACUGAGUUUCUUCUGGAGUCUGGACCUGAGGCUGUUUCACCUUUGGGCAGCAAUGCCACACUCACUCCUAGUGCCUAAUACUGGUGUAACGAUGCCAUAAUGAGUCACUGGAUGGUAAUAGCUGCCAGUGAAGUCCAGAACAAGUCAGGUUUUGUGACAUUUAGUUGAGGGAAUGCUUUGGCAAAACAACACAAAUCAGAUACUGAAAGGACAACUUUACCUUAAAACGUCUUCACAAAAAAGGGAACAGGAAUCCUGAGCAUGAGAUUAGCUGCUUUCUUCUCUACUUGCCUAACUAUGAAUUUAAAGUUGUUGUUAAUGUUUAAUAAAGAAAUUAAGAUAAAUGUUUCUAAAAAGGUUUUUAGAGAUCCACAAGACAACGUCAUGUUAUGAUUAUUAGUGGCUUCAUUCGUUCUUUUAGCAGCUGUACAAAGAAAGGAAGCAGAGUCUGUAUUAACAUGGCCAGUUAUUUAUUCCUAAUUGGUGACCUCUUGCCUGAAUGGAUCAGUGUGUACUGUAAUCCUUCUUUCUUAAAGCAAAUUAAAUGUUUUUGGAACGUA